AUGGAUCUCUGGAGACGUGAAGAGGAAGGCUGUGUGUCUGACAACGAAUAUAACGGCGAACACUGGGGGGCACGUAUUAGUUCUGUCUUUGUUGUUCUGGUGGCUUCCGCUUUUGGAGCAUACUUCCCAAUUCUGUCAUCUAGAUAUUCCUUUAUUAGACUUCCCCCAUGGUGUUUCUUUAUUACGAAAUACUUUGGAUCUGGCGUGAUCGUGGCCACCUCGCUGAUACAUCUUCUGGAGCCAGCCAGUGACGCUUUGGGAAACGAGUGUUUGGGAGAGCCAUUCACUGGCUAUCCAAUGGCUUUUGGUAUCUGUUUGAUUACUUUGAUGGUGAUGUUUUUCGCAGAACUUAUGGCUUACAAAUGGAUGGAAGCAAACGUCGAAGGCAUGAACGGUGUCCAUGAGCACAACCACUCUCAUUUCGGUGAAACUGACCUGUUUGUCAAGAAGACCAACGACGAGGAUGUGAAGAGCGAGCUCGAGCCAGAGUACGUGAGAGAGACCCAGGAGCCUCCUAGUAUUCAGAACGGCAACAACACCGCCAUUUUGGACAUGUCUGCACGCCAUUAUCAGCACGCGAAGGAACACCAAGACCCAGAGGUCAUUGGCACACUUGCCGAGGACCAGACUAAAGAAUACUACUAUGGACAAUUGCUCAACGUUUUCGUUCUGGAGUUCGGUGUUGUCUUCCAUUCCGUGUUUGUUGGCUUGACUUUGGCCGUUUCUGGUGAUGAGUUUGUUAAUCUUUACAUCGUUAUCGUCUUCCACCAGCUGUUCGAGGGAUUGGGUCUUGGAAGCAGAAUUGCUAUGGUCAAUUGGGAGAAGAAGAGAAGAUUCACUCCAUGGCUGCUUGCUGGUGCUUAUGGUAUAUGUACUCCAAUUGCCAUUGCUAUUGGUCUUGGAGUUCGCCAGACAUACCCACCAAACUCGCGUAGAGCCCUCAUCACCAACGGUGUCUUCGACUCGAUUUCGGCAGGAAUUCUGCUUUACACUGGUCUCAUAGAGCUGAUGGCUCACGAAUUCCUCUUCAGCGACGAGUUCAGAGGCAGAAAGAACAUUAAAAAGAUGGUUGUCGCUUACGUGAUCAUGUGCGUCGGGGCUGGACUCAUGGCAUUGCUCGGAAAAUGGGCAUAA